GAAGGAAACGAGACAAAAAAAAAAACGAUCGCGCAUGGCAGAGAGCUCGGAGAGAUGCCGAGCGGCCGCGGGAUGACGAGGGAAAGCGGGACGCGUGGAGCAGAGCGCGUCUGGGGAGCAGCGGGAGAGAGAGCGAGCGUCGUGGGGAGGAAGGGUCCUACGCUCCCGGAGGAGGAGCCUGCUAUAAAGCGCUGGGGGAGUCCCGAUGCCUCGAUCAAAACACCGCGCCUCACCGGGAACGUGCCGUGGAGGGAGCGAACGCUGCAUGCCGUGAGCGCCGACCGUGUGUUGCGGCGCUGGUGGCCGUUGCUGGUGGUUCUCUUGGUGCUGUGCGUGCGACUGAACGCGUACUGUUUUGCCGGGUACCCCUCCAGCACGUGGCUCCACGGUACCGAUAAGCGCGACUUCGUCGAAACUGCCACCGGCCUUGCGUAGCCGUACUGUGAAGUCCCCGUGUGCCAGGCCUAACAGAACCCGCGUUGGGCAGUUUCGUUGGGCAUCGACUUUUUCGCGCGGCACGCGGACCCGAUCGCUCGCAGCGCCGCGAGUCUGUUGAGGUAAGGUUCGACUCGGCUUUCCAGGACUUUGCGUUCAGAUUUGUGCGUGAUCGAGUAGUGCGAAAGAGGCGGGGCCAGGGAGUGAGAGACCAUAGGGUGACGGGUCGACAUGAAACGUGCACCUGACGUUCUUACGUAUACAUAGCCGUGUAAUAGAGUGUUUCGGCUGUUAUGACCCGCUGGUGGUAAGGUCUCGUAUCGGACUUGGCUCAGCUAAUUAGCUGCGUUCUUGAGCAAACAUGGCACUUCCAGUUGGACUUCGCUUGUGCUGAAACCUGAUCGAACAAUUGCAGCUUUCGAGUGAGAGACACUAUGGCUGGUCCUCUUUAAGUGGCCACCUUGGAAGACACUAUCUUCAACUGAAUGUAUAUCCCAGGUUUGGGCCAAAUUCUGCAGCGGCUUAGCUUGAGACGAUCGACUAGUCGGUCAGGUGCCUGAUAUGAUCUCGUUAGAGACUCUCGGCUGAAGAAAGCGCCCGGGCCCUGCGUGGUUUUUGCUCGCGCAUAUUGUACAAGCUCAGAGAAAGGAAAGGCGGUAUAGGUUAUUCUUGUGAAGACUUAGCAGCACUGGAAUAGCAGAGGGAGACGCAGAACGCUUCGGCCAUGGACUACGGAUACCUGAACCAGGCUGCUGCGGCCAGCGCCGCGUUCGAACCAUGCAUGGAAUCCGCGGCGUGCCAACUGUCCUGCUCUUACGCUGAGCUUGGUCCUCCGACGGCCGCCUACCACCGCUACUCGGCGCCCGUGCCAAGGUCCUUCUCGGCACCGCCGUCCGCGUCGGCCCCGACCUGCGGCGCGGCGGGACUCAUCGCUCGAGGAGUGAGGCCCGAGCCCCCACCACCUCCGCCACCCCCGCCACCGCAGCAGCCGCAGCACCACCCGACGCCAGUCUUCCCAGCCAUGCAGAAAGCUGACGCAUGGGCGCGGGCUGAGCGGUUGCCGGAGUGGAGUCCCGACCGCGAACGGAGUGCGGCGGCGGCUGCGGCGGCGAGACAAGUAUCCUGGUUCGGACAAAGUGCGAUUCCCUACAAGGUGUACACGGCAGCGGCUGCUGCGGCUGCGGCGGCGCACGAGGGCGUGCUGACGGAGAAACGCAAACAGCGUCGCAUCCGCACCACGUUCACGUCGGCGCAGCUCAAGGAGCUCGAGAGGGCCUUCCAGGAGACGCACUACCCGGACAUCUACACGCGCGAGGAGAUCGCCAUGAAGACGGACCUCACCGAGGCCAGAGUACAGGUGUGGUUCCAGAACCGGAGAGCCAAGUUCCGCAAGCAGGAGAGGCUCAACCAGCAGAAGCAGUCGGCGUCCUCCUCGUCGUCGGGGUCGGACGCCGGCCUCACCACGUCGCCCAUAAGCACCACGGCAGACUCGACGACGCACACCUCGAGCGCCAAGGACUCCAAGGACGUCAAGGUCAUGCUCCAGUCCCAAGACGUCAAGCACCUCAACGGCAAGAUUGUGGCCGCGGACAGCCCCUGCAGCCAGCAGCAGCCUCACAUGUCGCCGCCCAAGUGGAGCUCGAGCCCCUGCGGCCAGCCUUCGUGCCUCGGCCCGUACCCGUACGGCUCCGGGCUCACAGGCGUCGACACCAAGCCCAGUUUGUCUCCGCAGAUCUUCUGAAACGACAUCCCGUGGCAGGAUCGUCACUGAGCGUGCCACCACCGUCCCCGCCACGCAGAGACUGCCACAAGUGGUCAUCGGACAGACACGGAGUGCAUAGUGGGUAGCUACCGCAAAGUGGGGUAGGCCUGGAGUGUUGCCAUUGCCCCCUCCUGCUGGCAAAGAAAGGGGGAACGGAGGGGGGCUUAUAGGCCCGGAGAGUUGCAAGUAGGCCCCCCCCCCCCCUCUUACCACAAAAGGGGGGCCAACGCCAUUCAGAACUCAACUGUAAACCCACCGGACUUGUCGGCACCAGUGCGCGCUCCAAGCAUCAUUAACGAACAAACGAACGGCUUCGGCUGACACACAACCUCGUCGAUGAAGCUCCGCUUCAGUGCAUUCGAUCGGAACGUGUGCGUGACAGCGUGCGUGUGCGUGUGUGACUGCGCCAGCGACUAUGUGCUUUGUCCAUCCAGCGAGAAACAAAACCAGAACUGUGUUUUGGCAGGAAGGCGCGCUGUUCGGUUGUUUUGUGACUUUUGGCGUUCCGUUCAUUUCACUUGGUUCCAUUUCCAGCGUCGUUUGCUCCAAACGCAACUUUCAGUGUCACUGUGUACAGAGUGUGGACAAAGAAACAAAGACUGAAACGCACGAAGCAAGCACGAUCACGGAAAUCGUGGGUGUGAAAAACGCUGCGUCUUAAGCUUCAGUGUCUCGUGCUCUUCCGGCCGUAAAGAACAAUUGCAAAAAACGUAGUCUUCGUGUUCACACACAGGGAUAUUAUUUCUUAUUGAAAAAGCGCGACCUAUUCUAUUUUAUGCUUAUGACCUUACGUACAGCAGGGGCUCUAUGUCAGACAUUUCUAGUCAUGUUCCGCUUUCAAUAUCUCGCUCGUGAGAAGUUUUCACUAAGACUUAUAAGGCCUCUUUCACAAAAUAUUUAGACUAAUAAGUGCUGACUUAGCCGUAAAAGCCGACUUGAAAUGAAAAGUUCAGAUUAUUUAUUUUCACGUGGCUUAAACCCAAGCUGACCAAAUUGGUGUUUUCACAGUGCGAUAUUGAAAAGAAAAAAAAAUACGUUCAAUAUGCUUCAAUCACUGGAACUACCGCGAAAAAAAAAUUGCAACUUCUGUGGAAAACAAAACAACAACAACAUAAAACGCGGUAUUAUCAGUGACAAUGUAAGAAAUGAAGAUGCGUGAUUUCCCUGGUGAAUAAAUAUUUCCGUCACUACAAAACAUUCUGCUCUACAAUUACGAAAAUAAAACGGGAUAAAGUGGUGUGUAACAAACAUUACAGUCGUCCUGCGUCAUAAUUUGAAAAUAUGAUUUCAAUAGCGGGAUUUUGUUAAAGGAAACAGUGUGGACGUGAAAAGCAUUCCCGUAGCAAAAGUUCAGCGUAUGCGAAUAAAAUAUGCU